AAGCAGGUGCCGCUGACAGGACAGUUGCAGAGGAGGCAGAUUUGACACUCUGGCCUGUCUGCAGCCUUAUAAAAGGGGGUCCUUGAACCUACAACAGCAGACAGACGACUGCAGGGUUGCCGUAAGCAGCCUUGAACUUUAGUAUUUAUUGACGAUUAAAUUAUUAGGAAGCUUGCUACACAGAAAAGGAACGACUUUAUUGUAGAAAAAGACAGAAGCAUAGAGAUGGCGCUCCUCUUUGUCCAGCUGCUUUUCAUGGCAGUCCUAAGCGGUGCCCACUCGCCUGGGGGGCACACUGCUGCCCAUGAAGAAGACAUGGUGUCCUCAGGCACUGGCAGCAAUUACGACGAGCCCUUGCAAGGCACAGUGAGAGUCGUCCAGGCCAGUUCUGCUCUCCUGAAGAUGUCUCCUCUUUUCACAAGGCGACUUGACGACAGGCCCCGGGCGCUGGGCAGGGGUCCGCUGCCACCAUUUUUAGCCCUGGGUAGACCAGGACCUGCUCUGUCUCAGUUAAACAAGCCGUUGGCACCCGCCAUCGAAGAACCUGGAGAGAAGCAAAGAAAAGGCCUGGAAAUGUGGAAGGCAGCCAUCAAAAAAGACCUCUUUACGGCCCCUGUGGACUUAAAGGAGCAAGAAACGACCGAGGGGGGCUGCACUGCCAUCUCCUUCUCACAGCGCCUUUCCGCUCCUGGAUGUGACGCGGUGACCCUGCGGAACAAGCUGUGCUUCGGCCGCUGCAGCUCCCUGUACGUCCCCGAGGCCCAGGAGGCGAGCGCCACCACCUGCUCCCGCUGCGCCCCCAUCAAGACCCGGGUGGUCAGCAUCCCGCUGCGCUGCCUGGACGGCAGGAGGGUCCUUGAGCGGCGGGUGACGCUGGUCUACGAGUGCAAGUGCGAGAUGUCCAGCGAGGCGGAGAGAUGGCAGGCGUUCGGCUCGUCCCUUCAUCUCAAGCGGGAGUCGCCCUCGGCCGGUGCCCUGAAGCUGCGGAGUGUCGCGGGGGGGUCCGUGUGACGGCGUGGAGCGCGUGGUCGGCUUUGACCCGACGGCUCUGGUGGUCGCUCUGCCAUCUGGAACACUUUUUUCUUUUAAUUCCUAAUCCUUUCGACGAUGGCCACUGUUGUGCCUGAUUGUUGCCUUGACCUGCGGGGUCUCCUCGCGGUGGUCUUGUUUGUAGCGCUUAUUUGUUAUUGUCGCCCUGUGUCCUUCCAUGUGACAGCCGUCUUCAAAGACGGGGACAGCUCGUUGA